GCUCUCUCUCUCACGCAGUGGCGAUAAUUCAUGAGAGAUUUGCUUUGUUUUUCGGCCAACCCGCCUGUUCGUUGCGCUUCAACGUCCAACGCACACCACGCACACACAACCCGCGCAUUCUCUCUUAUCUCGGCGACAGACCAGCACAGCGAACGCACACAUCAGCAGACACAGGGUACCCCGCCUUCCAGCUUCGCCCCUUUUUCUGCUUCCACACAGCGUGGUGUCGACUCCCUCCACAGCCCGUGACAACACCUGCCGUCUCUGCGCGUCUUUCCUGUUUUCUUGUCUCCUUCCUUUUUUUUUUCUUUUGUCUUGAUUGGCCGUUGUCCUCAAAUCCACCAACAGCAGCAUGUCUCGCAAGGACGUUGAUCGCUGGCUUGAGACCCUCAAGCAAUGCAAGACCAUCCCAGAGUCCGAUGUCUUUGCGCUCUGCGACAUGGCCGCGGAGAUUCUGAGCAAAGAGUCCAACGUGCAACCGAUGAGCUGCCCUGUGACGGUGUGCGGCGAUGUCCACGGCCAGUUCCAUGAUCUCAUCGAGCUCUUCCGCAUCGGCGGCGACCUGCCAGAUACAAACUACCUCUUCAUGGGCGACUACGUCGACAGAGGCUACUACAGUGUGGAGACAGUCACCUACCUCGUGGCCCUCAAAGUCCGAUUCCCAGAGAGAAUAACCAUCCUCCGUGGCAACCACGAGAGCCGACAGAUCACACAGGUGUAUGGUUUCUAUGACGAGUGCCUGAGAAAGUAUGGCACGGCAGACGUUUGGACCAAGUUCACCACCCUUUUCGACUACUUCCCGCUCACCGCCCUCGUGGAGAACAAGAUCUUCUGCCUGCACGGUGGUCUGUCUCCCAACGUCGACACACUCGACAACAUCCGUGUCCUUGACCGCCACCAAGAGGUGCCACACGAGGGCCCGAUGUGCGAUCUGCUGUGGUCUGACCCGGAUGACCGCGUUGGCUGGGGCAUCUCCCCGCGCGGCGCCGGGUACACGUUUGGAAAAGACAUCUCAGAGGCAUUCAACCAGAAGAACGACCUGCAGCUCAUCGCACGCGCACACCAGCUUGUCGUCGAGGGCUUCAACUGGAGCCACGACAAGAACGUGGUGACCAUCUUCAGCGCACCAAACUACUGCUACCGCUGCGGCAACCAGGCCGCCAUCAUGGAGCUUGACGACAACCUCAACUACGUCUUCCUUCAAUUUGAGCCCGCGCCAAGGAGGGGAGAGCUGCAGGUCACCCGCAAGACGCCAGACUACUUCCUGUGAUGUGCCCGCGUUACACCUCGCCCCGCUGCCAGUGGCCACUGCACUCUUCACCCCUUCUUCGUUGCCCUUGUGCUCCCUUGUUGUGUGCUUUGCUUUUUUCGUCUGCUUGUAUCGUUCCAGCAUGUUUGAACUAUUGCACACACAUGCAUACACAUUCUUCCUGCCUGAUGCUUGUUUCCUGGAGUGAGUGAGUGCUGUUGGUGGUGUCUUUCUUCGAUGAUGUAAUUGUGUCCGCAUUAAGUCGGUGUUUGUUCUCUUUUGCUGCUGGUGUUGUCGUAAUGGCUGUUUGCGUUUGUUGUGAUCAUAUAGAGAUGAGGCAAAUGA